GGACACCCGGGAGACAUGGCCCCCAACUCGGACACGGUGGAAGGGACCACCCUGCUGCCGGGAGAGGACAUCACCACGGUGGGAUCCAAUCCCAGCUCCUUGGCCGUCAGCGCCAAAGACGCCGACAAGCAGCAAGGCCAGCAGGGCGGCCAAAACCCCAGCCAGGCGGGACAGCAGCAGGGCCAGCAGAAGCAGAAGCGGCACAGAACCCGCUUCACACCGGCGCAGCUCAACGAGCUGGAGAGGAGCUUCGCCAAGACCCACUACCCGGACAUCUUCAUGCGGGAGGAGCUGGCCUUGCGCAUCGGCCUCACCGAGUCCCGGGUGCAGGUAUGUGCGGCCGUCCCCGCGCAGCUCCAGCUCCUGCGAGACCCUUUCCCGGGGCCGCGGGCGAUGCCCCGGCUGGCGCCGGGCUCGAGG